CUCUGAAAGUUUGAGGAGAGGUGUUUUUUCGGGGAUGUUCCGGUCUAUGAUGAUGUAAGAGAGGAGGGAGGGAUUGCCCCCAUAGCGCUCAGCAUGAACGCUCCGCGGCAAAAGGAUGUGUGAACAAGCAGCACGCUACUGCAGGGACGGUGUCCACAAACUGCUCCAAAAAGAACAACCGAAACUUCGGGCUCAGGACAGCAAAGAGCAACCAAAACCCGUGGACCAGGACAGCGAGUCAGCAACGGCUGCACAGUCCGGAAACAGCGGCGCCCAGCCCGGUGGAAUUGACGGGCUCGUCCGCUGGAUAGUCACCAAGAUGAGCGACAACAAAAGCAUCUCUACCCGGGAGUACGCGAAGGAAGAGGCAGCGGUUGCCCAAGAGCAGUUCUUCGCUCCAGAGCCACGUAAAGGCAUCUCUGUAAUACUUGACAUUUUCCGGAGAGCUGAUAAAGAUGAUGAUGGGAAGCUGUCUCUGGAUGAGUUCCAGGCAUUUUUCUCUGAUGGGACGCUGAACGAAGAGGAGCUGGAGAACCUGUUUCACACCAUUGACUCAGAUAACACCAGUAAUGUUGACACUAAGGAACUCUGUGACUACUUUGCCAAACACAUGGGUGACUAUGAGGGCGUUCUGGCCUCCCUGGAGACCCUCAACUUGUCCAUCCUCAGAGCCAUGGACUUCACCAAGAAGGUGUAUGAGCGCGGCACCAAUGUGGAGCAAUUUGUUACCCGUUUCCUUUUGAAGGAAUCAGCCAAUCAGAUCCAGUCUCUGCUAAAUUCCGUGGAGAGCGCUGUGGAUGCUAUUGAUGAGCAACACUGUAGCCAAUCAGGGUAUCCUACUAAAGUCAGUCCACGUGUUCCGGAGAAACGUUAUGAGAACCCGGUGCCUGAUUAUCCUCCUAACAACCGAGUCAGUGCUGCCAAGGAUGCUGCCCAGAGGAACAUCAGCACUGCUACAGGGGUCGUAGAAGUAAGGAAAGAGACUCUGGAGGCGCAGAUCAACCGACUUGCUGAACUGAUUGGACGCCUUGAGAACAAGGCAGUUUGGUUUGACCUGCAUCAGAGGCUAACAGACACUGAUGGCACAGCCAGCGCAUCCUUGUACCUGAUUCGCCAGGAGAUGAUGGUAUCCCAAAAGCAGCUGGGAGACUUCUGUGAGGCCCUGAAACAGUAUCUAAAGAAUGUCUCUGCCCAAAGAGACUGCUUCCAUGUCACUGCAGUGCGGCUACCAGAUGGGCUGUCCUUCGUGGUGUAUGAGUUCUGGGACGGAGAGGAGGAGUGGAAAAAGCACCUCCAAAGUGCAUCCUGCAAGGCAUUUCAACAUGUUAAGGUGGACACUUUGUGCCAGCCCGAGGCUGUGUCUACUGUUGCGGUACCAGCCGCCUGGUGCAGCCUGAACAGAGACUGAUGGAGGUGGGGCUGUGUCGCCUGAGCCCGCAAGUCCCCCAUCCUUAGCUCUCCUUCCUUACCCUCCCCCCUUACUCACCCUCACAAACCCUUUCUCUCUUUUGUAUGUACAUGUUUACACAGUGUCUGUUGAAUAUAGACAAAAUGGAAGGCAUCAAUUGCAGUGAAUAUUGAACAGUGCAUUAAAGCGAGAUUCCCUCCAUCCGGUGCAUUUCUCCAUCGUAUCGUUCACCCUCAUGUCAUGUUAGAAACGAGGUGAGCAGUAACUUGCUUUUUGAGCUCCUGUGCAUGUCAUCCAUUUUGACUAAAAGACAUGAACCUGCUGCUGCUAAUGACAGUAACAUUACAACUGUCUUUAUCAAACAGUUAAGGUCAUUUUUUUCCUUGUUGUGUUAAGAGUACAUGUAUGAAUCAGCAAUUGAUAUAUUAGCUGUCUGGUAAAAUGAUAUGAAACAUGUUCUAUUAUAUUUGUAUUGAUGUCUUUAGUGAUACAGUGCAAAAUUCCUCAGAAGAAAUGGAAGAAAAGCAGCAGAAUGUGUGGUUUGCUGCAGAUAUUUCCCCUAUUUGAACAACUCGAUCUGAAGCCUUAAACAUCAGCAUAUGGUUGAGGUUAUAAGUGGAUACAUAGGUAUGAUUUCCCAUGAACGCAUAAUGAUUAGCUGUUAAACAUCUGACGCCUCACAUUAUAAUCACAAUGUUCAUUGCAAUUGAGCAAAAAGGUAAAUAAUGUUUCCCAUGCCUAUCAAACAAAUAAUGGUAACAUCAAAUCAAUCAGACUGUUCUCCCACCAACCCCAUUAGGAGAACCUCUUGUGCUUAUCUAGGAACAUAACGUUUCCAAACCUCACCACCCUGAAAUUCACAUACUCAGAGACCCAGUCCAAAGCACACUGUAAAUUAUUGGAAUAUUGGAAUUAAAAGUAUUUAGUAUGAAAGUAAAAAGUAUUCAAUUAUAAAAGUUUUAUCUGUUAGAAUUAAUGUACAAAACAUUUUAUUUUAGAGCGUGAACUCUUUCACCCACUUUACCAUGUACUGUUUUAGUUUUUCCUGUAAGCACAUGAAGGUGGUGGGAAGCUUGUCCCUAACAAGUGAGGGAAUAUUAAACCCUCCCUCCCCAAGGAUCAGAUUCUCAGAUUUUCUCAGAUAAUAUCAUUUAAGUAACAAAGACUAUCCUUGUGCACUGUAAAAAUGAAACUGUUCCUCUACUUGCCUUUGUUCAUAAUUAGGACCACCACUGAAAUGGAAUGAACUCAUCUCAAGUUCAACUCUGGUGCUAGGCCACUCUUUACUUUACGUUGAGAUAACCUGGGACUUCUCAGUGUAAAAGCACCUGUGAUGAUAAAUAAUGAAUAGCACGCCUUGGGCUUUAUAUUAACCUCAGCAUCAGUAUUACAGAAUGGGACACAGCAUGGCUCCCUAGGUGUAUUAGGGUAAUUUUACUGGAAAGUUUUUCUAUUUUAUCCAUAGCCUCUUAGGAUCUGUAUGAAUAGGUCAGAGCCAGGCAAAAUAAAAUCCAAUACUAUUUCUGUAACAUUCCUGACUGUUUCCUAAACUGUGCAACCAAUUUCUUUUAUCCCUAUCCCUUACUUGAGUGCAUGUUACAAAGAAUGUCCAGUAACAUAUUUGCCGUAGUAUUUAGCCAUGCUACUUUCAAUGGGUUUGUGCAUUUCCUUUUUUUUUU